GCCCCCAUUGUUUCAGCCACAUUUCCGAUUUCUCACCCAAAACUCUCUUAACUCCUCUCUCAUCUCCACCCUAUCCUCUUCUUCUUCCUCCGGUUCUCUCUCAAAUUUCAGCCACAAUGGCUUCCAUUUCUGCCGCCGCGGCCGCCGUCAACGCCAAAUUAGUAUACCCAUACACCCCUUCUUCCACCCCCACCUCCGCAAAACCCUCUAAGCUUAUCUUAUCCUCUUCUUUCACCCCAACUCUAUCCACCCACUUCGUCCACUCCCCCUCCGCCUCCGUUCCCUCCGCGGCCAUCCGCCACCGGCGCUUCACGGUUCGCGCCGCCCGCGGCAAGUUCGAGAGGAACAAGCCCCACGUCAACAUUGGCACAAUCGGCCACGUCGACCACGGCAAGACUACCCUAACCGCCGCCCUCACCAUGGCCUUGGCCGCUAAUGGCAACUCCGCCCCCAAGAAAUACGACGAAAUCGACGCCGCCCCGGAGGAGAGAGCCCGUGGGAUUACCAUUAACACCGCCACGGUGGAGUACGAGACCGAGAACCGGCACUACGCCCACGUCGACUGCCCCGGCCAUGCCGAUUAUGUGAAGAAUAUGAUUACCGGAGCUGCCCAGAUGGACGGGGCUAUUCUGGUGGUUUCCGGCGCCGAUGGGCCGAUGCCCCAGACCAAAGAACACAUUUUGUUGGCUAAGCAGGUGGGUGUCCCUAAUAUGGUGGUGUUUCUGAACAAACAGGACCAGGUUGAUGAUGAGGAGCUUCUUCAGCUGGUGGAAUUGGAGGUGAGAGAGCUGUUAUCCUCUUAUGAAUUCCCUGGUGAUGAUAUUCCAAUUGUUUCCGGGUCUGCUUUGUGUGCUCUAGAGGCUUUAAUGGCUAAUCCUAGUCUUAAAAGGGGUGAUAAUCAAUGGGUUGAUAAGAUUUAUGAACUAAUGGACUCUGUGGAUGCAUACAUUCCUAUCCCACAAAGACAGACUGAUUUGCCAUUUUUAAUGGCCAUUGAAGAUGUGUUCUCCAUUACUGGUAGAGGCACAGUGGCCACAGGGAGAGUAGAGAGGGGCACUGUUAAGGUUGGGGACACUGUUGAUUUAGUGGGAUUGAAGGACACUAGGAGCACAACUGUGACUGGGGUUGAGAUGUUUCAGAAGAUUUUGGAUGAUGCAAUGGCAGGGGAUAAUGUGGGGUUGUUAUUGAGAGGUAUGCAGAAGGCAGAUAUCCAGAGGGGGAUGGUGUUGGCGAAACCCGGGACAAUCACUCCCCACACCAAGUUCGAGUCGAUUGUGUAUGUGUUGAAGAAGGAGGAAGGCGGGAGGCACUCCCCGUUCUUCUCUGGCUACAGGCCACAGUUCUACAUGAGGACAACUGAUGUGACCGGGAAGGUGAUUGGCAUUAAGAAUGACAAAGAUGAGGAGUCGAAGAUGGUGAUGCCCGGGGAUCGUGUGAAAAUGGUUGUGGAGCUCAUUAUGCCGGUUGCUUGUGAGCAAGGGAUGAGAUUUGCUAUCCGGGAAGGAGGAAAGACAGUCGGGGCUGGUGUCAUUCAGAAAAUUCUCGAGUGAUCAACCUAACAUUGUCUCUGCAUUUUUGUGCAAUAUCUUCAAACUGUUAUCAUCAUAUAUUCAAGCUUUUUGUUUGCUUUUAUUAUGUGCUAGACCUUCUAGUUUAGUUGGAGAAUUCAUGUUGUCACUAAAUGGCUAAUGCUCUACUUCACAUGCUUUAUAUUUUACUUCUGAUUGUUGAAGAUUUUCUAAA